GUGCUCGCUCUCUACUCAACUCUAGAAAGGCAAGGCAUUCAUCUAAUCUGUCACACAACACAACACACAUUCUUCAUCUUUUCUCCGCCGCUUCCAAAAUUCAUACCAAAAACCAAUUAGCUUUUCAGCAGAGAAUUAAUGGAGUUGUCAGCUCAACAACCACCAGCAGCGCUUAACCAAAACCGACAGCAAGAUCAUCAGCAGGCAGCUUAUGAGUACUCCCCGGCGGCCGCAUGUUUUAUCAGAUCAGUACUGGCGAAGAUCAUCAUGUGUAGCAACAACAAAGGUGGUACUGGCAGAGUAAGCACCAGAUCCCAAAUGCAAGCAGAAUUCGGAAAGCGUUACUAUAUGAUUUUACUGGGAAUCAAUUACAUGUGUCUCUUCUUGGGUUCCGUUUCGUCUAGUCUGCUUUCGAAAUUCUACUUCAAUCACAAAGGUGGCAGUAGAUGGGUUUCCACUUGGGUACAAUGUGCUGGUUUUCCUCUUCUUUUAUUCCCAAUUUGCUUUUUCAAAAUUUUCACCGUCAGAAAAUCGUUUACUGGGUUCACCCCUAAAAUCAUGUGCCUCUCAAUUCUCAUCGGGUUUUUGUUGGGUGUCAACAACCUUCUUUUCUCUUGGGGGAAUUCUUAUCUCCCCGUUUCAACUAAUUCUCUGGUUUUGUCUACUCAAUUGGCCUUUACUCUCGUCACUUCCAUGAUUAUAGUCAAGCAAAAAAUCACAUUCCCGAAUUUGAACUGUGUCAUGGUUCUCACCCUCAGUUCAGUCAUAUUAGCCCUGGGUUCAAGUCACGACAAACCGAUUGGAUUAACACAGGCGAAGUACUUCAAAGGAUUUUUCUCAACUGUAGGUGCAGGAUUGAUGUUCGCUCUUUACCUCCCUGUCAUGGAGAAGAUAUACCAAAAAGUUGACUGCUACGCCAUGGUCGUGGAAAUGCAGCUGGUUAUGGAGAUAGCGGCGACGGCGUUGGCCACGGUGGGGAUGGCAGCGGAUGGGGGUUUCUCUGAGAUGAAGACGGAGAGCUUGAAGGUGUUCGAUUUAGGACCGAAAGCGUACUGGCUAACGGUGGGGUUUAAUGUGGUGACGUGGCAGCUGUGUUUCAUGGGUACGGCGGGGAUGGUGUUUUUGACGACAUCGUUAACGGGAGGUGUAUGCAUGACGGCGUUAAUGGGGAUAAACGUGUUGGGCGGAGUAUUAGUUUACGGUGAUCAUUUCGGUGGGCUUAAAGCUGUGUCUACUUUGCUGUGUGUAUGGGGAUUUUGUUCAUAUAUUUACGGCAUUUAUAUGAAUAUGAAGGAGGAGGAGAAGAAGGAAGAAGAAAAGAAGACAGAAAAUUGCAGAGAGAAGAAUGUGAAGAAGAUGAACAGUGAUCAUAUUAUGGAACUUGCAGAGAUUGUUACGCAUAACGCCUGAGGCUGAUCACGUGACAUCUCUCUUAUUUUGUUUUUGUUUUUGUUUUAUUCGAUUAUAAUUAGGGGUAUUCUGGAGCUGGUUUAUAACUGUACUCUAGUAGGGGUAUCAGUAACAAGUGUUUGUAUUCAUGUUAAUUUAUGGAAAAG